AUCCAGUAUAGGACUCCUCCUGGGAGCCCACCUCUCAUCUCUGAAAUGAGAUUAUUGUUGUUAGGUCCCUUCAUCAGGCACGUCUGAGAAAACCCAGCCAAAAGCAGCUGGUAACUUGCUGACUUUGGAAUUCCUCUUGGCCUGCCAUCUCUUUGUACCCUUCCUUCUGGGACUACCUUGGUAUGUCAGCUUAUUACCUGUUUGGAGUUGACUUGCUUCUGGACUGUCUCUUCUGCUCAGGUGACUUAGCUUCUAAGUGGACUGCUUGACUCUUGGAAAAGGUUAUCAUUUACCUGAGGUUGCCCUUCCUUCCCAGGGCCACAAAAAUACUCCUGUGGGAAUGACCUCAAGAAGUAAUUGGUGGCUUUAUGGAGAGCAAUUUUGGAGGAGUGGUCGGGGCAGAAACAUAACACAAGCAAGUUGAGGAAGUGGAAAUAGUAAGUGUAAGACUACUCUUCUGAGAAGUUUAAAUGAAAAGCAAAGGAGGAAAACAGCAUUGCAGUGUCGGGAUGGCUAUGAGCCCUGUGUAAAUGAAGGAAUGUGUAUUACCUAUCACAAUGGCACAGGAUACUGCAAGUGUCCGGAAGGCUUCUUGGGGGAGUAUUGUCAACAUCGAGACCCCUGUGAGAAGAACCGCUGCCAAAACGGUGGGACCUGUGUGGCCCAGGCCAUGUUGGGGAAAGCCACGUGUCGUUGUGCUGCGGGAUUCACGGGUGACGACUGCCAGUACUCAACCUCUCACCCCUGCUUUGUGUCUCGCCCCUGCCUGAAUGGAGGCACCUGCCACAUGCUCAGCCGGGAUAAUUUUGAGUGCACUUGCCAAGUUGGUUUUACAGGUAAGCUGUGCCAGUGGACUGACGCCUGCCUGUCGCAUCCCUGUGCAAAUGGAAGUACCUGUACCACUGUUGCCAACCAAUUCAUCUGCAAAUGCCUCUCAGGCUUCACAGGGCAGAAGUGUGAGACUGAUGUCAAUGAGUGUGACACUCCAGGGCGCUGCCAGCACGGUGGCACCUGCCUCAACCUGCCAGGUUCCUAUCAGUGCCAGUGCCCCCAGGGUUUCACGGGGCAGCACUGCGACAGCCCCUAUGUGCCCUGUGCACCCUCCCCCUGUGUCAAUGGAGGAACCUGCCGGCAGACUGGUGACUUCACUUUUGAGUGCAACUGCCUUCCAGGAUUUGAAGGGAUCACCUGUGAGUGGAACAUUGACGACUGCCCUAACCACCAGUGUCAGAAUGGAGGGGUUUGUGUGGAUAGCGUCAAUACGUACAACUGCCGCUGCCCCCCUCAAUGGACAGGGCAGUUCUGCACAGAAGAUGUGGACGAGUGCCUGCUGCAGCCCAAUGCCUGUCAGAAUGGGGGCACCUGUACCAACCGCAAUGGGGGUUAUGGCUGCGUGUGUGUUAACGGGUGGACUGGAGAUGACUGCAGUGAGAACAUCAAUGACUGUGCCUUCGCCUCCUGCACUCCAGGGUCCACCUGCAUUGACCGCGUGGCUGCCUUCUCUUGCAUGUGCCCAGAAGGAAAGGCAGGUCUCUUGUGUCAUCUGGAUGACGCAUGCAUCAGCAAUCCUUGCCACAAGGGGGCACUGUGUGAUACCAACCCACUGAAUGGGCAGUAUAUUUGUACCUGCCCACAAGGCUACAAAGGAGCUGACUGUACAGAAGAUGUGGAUGAGUGUGCUAUGGCCAAUAGCAACCCGUGUGAGCACGCAGGAAAAUGUGUGAAUACAGAUGGCGCCUUCCACUGUGAGUGUGUGAAGGGCUAUGCAGGGCCUCGAUGCGAGAUGGACAUCAAUGAAUGCCAUUCAGACCCCUGCCAGAAUGACGCCACCUGUUUGGAUAAGAUUGGAGGAUUCACUUGUCUGUGCAUGCCAGGUUUCAAAGGUGUGCAUUGUGAAUUGGAGAUAAAUGAAUGUCAGAGCAACCCCUGUGUGAACAAUGGGCAGUGUGUGGAUAAAGUCAAUCGCUUCCAGUGUCUGUGUCCGCCUGGUUUCACCGGGCCAGUUUGCCAGCUUGAUAUUGACGACUGUUCCAGUACUCCAUGUCUGAAUGGGGCAAAGUGUAUCGAUCAUCCCAAUGGGUAUGAAUGCCAGUGUGCCACAGGUUUCACUGGUGUGUUGUGUGAGGAGAACAUCAACAACUGUGACCCUGAUCCUUGUCACCAUGGCCAGUGCCAGGAUGGAAUUGACUCUUAUACCUGCCUCUGCAGUCCCGGGUACAUGGGUGCCAUCUGCAAUGACCAGAUUGAUGAGUGCUACAGCAACCCCUGCUUGAAUGACGGUCGCUGCAUCGACCUGGUCAAUGGUUACCAGUGCAACUGCCAGCCGGGCACGUCAGGGGUUAAUUGUGAGAUUAAUUUUGAUGACUGUGCCAGUAACCCUUGUAUUCAUGGAGUAUGUGUGGAUGGCAUUAAUCGCUACAGCUGUGUCUGUUCAUCAGGAUUCACAGGACAGAGAUGCAACAUUGACAUUGAUGAGUGUGCCUCUAACCCCUGUCGCAAGGGUGCAACAUGUAUCAACGAUGUGAAUGGUUUUCGCUGCAUAUGCCCUGAAGGGCCCCAUCACCCCAGCUGCUACUCAGAGGUGAAUGAGUGCCUGAGCAGUCCCUGCAUCCACGGAAACUGUACUGGGGGCCUUAGCGGAUAUAAGUGCCUCUGUGAUGCAGGUUGGAUUGGUGUCAACUGUGAAGUGGACAAAAAUGAAUGUCUUUCUAACCCAUGCCAGAAUGGAGGAACUUGUGACAAUCUGGUGAAUGGAUACAGAUGUACUUGCAAGAAGGGCUUCAAAGGCUAUAACUGUCAGGUGAAUAUUGAUGAAUGUGCUUCAAAUCCAUGCCUGAACCAAGGAACCUGCUUUGAUGACAUAAGUGGCUACACUUGCCACUGUGUUCUCCCAUACACAGGCAAGAAUUGUCAGACUGUGCUGGCUCCCUGUUCCCCAAACCCUUGUGAGAAUGCUGCUGUUUGCAAAGAGGCACCAAAUUUUGAGAGUUACACCUGCCUGUGUGCUCCUGGUUGGCAAGGUCAGCGGUGUACGGUUGACAUUGAUGAGUGUGUCUCCAAGCCCUGCAUGAACCAUGGUGUCUGCCAUAACACCCAGGGCAGCUACAUGUGCGAGUGCCCUCCAGGCUUCAGUGGUAUGGACUGUGAGGAGGACAUCGAUGACUGCCUUGCCAAUCCUUGCCAGAAUGGAGGUUCCUGUGUGGAUGGAGUGAAUACUUUCUCCUGUCUCUGCCUUCCGGGGUUCACUGGGGAUAAGUGCCAGACAGACAUGAAUGAGUGUCUGAGUGAACCUUGUAAGAACGGAGGGAUCUGCUCUGACUACGUCAACAGUUACACCUGCAAGUGCCAGGCGGGAUUUGAUGGAGUCCACUGUGAGAACAACAUUGAUGAGUGCACUGAGAGCUCCUGUUUCAAUGGUGGCACAUGCAUAGAUGGGAUUAACUCCUUCUCUUGCUUGUGCCCGGUGGGCUUCACUGGUCCCUUCUGCCUCCAUGAGAUCAAUGAAUGCAACUCUCAGCCAUGCCUGAAUGAGGGAAUGUGUGUUGAUGGCCUGGGUUCUUACCGCUGCACCUGCCCCUUGGGCUACACUGGGAAAAACUGUCAGAACCUGGUGAACCUCUGCAGCCGGUCUCCAUGUAAAAACAAAGGCACUUGCAUUCAGGAAAAAGCAGAGUCUCGGUGCCUGUGUCCACCUGGAUGGGCCGGUGCUUACUGUGAUGUGCCCAAUGUCUCCUGUGAGGUGGCAGCUUCCAGCAGAGGAGUGCUUGUAGAGGACUUGUGCCAGCACUCGGGGAUCUGUAUCAGUGCCGGCAACACUCAUCGCUGCCAGUGCCCCACGGGCUACACAGGGAGCUACUGUGAGGAGCAGCUGGAUGAGUGCGCGUCCAAUCCCUGCCAGCACGGAGCCACCUGCAGUGACUUCAUUGGUGGAUACAGAUGCGAGUGUGUCCCAGGAUAUCAGGGUGUCAACUGUGAGUAUGAAGUGGACGAGUGCCAAAAUCAACCAUGCCAAAAUGGAGGCACCUGUAUCGACCUUGUGAACCAUUUCAAGUGCUCCUGCCCGCCGGGCACUCGGGGCCUGCUCUGUGAGGAGAACAUCGAUGACUGUGCGGGGGGUCCCCGCUGCCUUCAUGGUGGCCAGUGUGUGGACAGGAUUGGGGGCUACAGCUGUCGCUGCUUGCCUGGCUUUGCUGGUGAGCGGUGUGAGGGGGACAUCAACGAGUGCCUCUCCAACCCCUGCAGCUCGGAGGGAAGCCUGGACUGCAUACAGCUCACCAACGACUACCUGUGUGUCUGCCGCAACGCCUUCACUGGCCGUCACUGUGAGACCUUCAUGGAUGUGUGUCCUCAGAUGCCUUGCCUGAAUGGAGGAACCUGUGCUGUGGCCAGCAACAUGCCUGAUGGUUUCAUUUGUCGUUGUCCCCCUGGAUUCUCCGGGGCAAGAUGCCAGAGCAGCUGUGGACAAGUGAAGUGUCGGCGAGGGGAGCAGUGUGUGCACACUGCCUCAGGACCCCGCUGCUUCUGCCCCAACCCCCAGGAGUGUGAGCCAGGCUGUGCCAGCAGCCCCUGCCUGCAUGGGGGUACCUGCUACCCUCAGCGCCAGCCUCCUUAUUAUUCUUGCCAGUGUCCUCCACUGUUCUGGGGCAGCCACUGCGAACUGUCCAUGGCCGCCACCAGCACCCCUCCUGCCACCUGUCUGAGCCAGUAUUGUGCUGACAAAGCUCGGGAUGGUGUCUGUGAUGAGGCCUGCAACAGCCAUGCCUGUCUGUGGGAUGGGGGCGACUGUUCCCUUACCAUGGAGAACCCCUGGGCCAACUGCUCCUCCCCGCUUCCCUGCUGGGAGUACAUCAACAACCAGUGUGAUGAGCUGUGCAACACGGCCGAGUGCCUGUUUGACAACUUUGAAUGCCAGGGAAACAGCAAGACAUGCAAGUAUGACAAAUACUGUGCAGACCACUUCAAAGACAACCACUGUGACCAAGGAUGCAACAGUGAGGAGUGUGGCUGGGAUGGGCUGGACUGUGCUACUGACCAGCCAGAGAACCUGGCAGAGGGAACCCUGGUUAUUGUGGUGCUGCUGCCACCUGAGCAACUGCUCCAGGAUGCUCGCAGCUUCUUGCGGGCACUGGGCACCCUGCUCCAUACCAACCUGCGCAUUAAACGGGACUCCCAGGGGGCCCUCAUGGUGUACCCCUACUUUGGUGAGAAGUCAGCUGCCAUGAAGAAGCAGCGGAUGGCACGCAGGUCCCUUCCUAGUGAACAAGAACAGGAGGUGGCUGGCUCUAAGGUAUUUCUGGAAAUUGACAACCGCCAGUGUGUUCAAGAUUCAGACCAAUGCUUCAAGAAUACUGAUGCAGCAGCAGCUCUCCUGGCUUCUCAUGCCAUCCAGGGCACCCUGUCAUACCCUCUUGUGUCUGUCAUCAGUGAAUCCCUGUCUCCAAAACGUACUCAGCUCCUCUAUCUACUUGCUGUUGCUGUUGUCAUUAUCCUGUUUAUUAUCCUUCUGGGGGUAAUCAUGGCGAAGCGAAAGCGCAAGCAUGGCUCCCUCUGGCUGCCUGAAGGUUUCACUCUUCGCCGAGACUCCAGCAAUCACAAGCGCCGAGAGCCGGUGGGACAGGAUGCCGUGGGGCUGAAAAAUCUGUCAGUGCAAGUCUCAGAGGCUAACCUAAUUGGUUCUGGAACAAGUGAACAUUGGGUUGAUGAUGAAGGGCCCCAGCCAAAGAAAGCCAAGGCUGAAGAUGAGGCUCUACUCUCAGAAGAAGAUGACCCUGUUGACCGGCGCCCAUGGACACAGCAGCAUCUCGAGGCUGCAGAUAUCCGUAGGACACCAUCCCUGGCUCUCACUCCUCCUCGGGCAGAGCAGGAAGUAGAUGUGCUGGACGUGAAUGUUUGUGGCCCAGAUGGGUGUACCCCACUGAUGCUGGCCUCUCUCCGGGGAGGCAGCUCGGACCUGAGUGAUGAUGAUGAAGAUGCAGAGGACUCUUCUGCCAACAUCAUCACAGACCUGGUCUACCAGGGGGCCAGCGUCCACGCCCAGACGGACCGCACAGGCGAGAUGGCGCUGCACCUGGCGGCCCGCUACUCCAGGGCUGACGCCGCCAAGCGCCUCCUGGAUGCUGGCGCAGACGCCAACGCCCAGGACAACAUGGGCCGCUGCCCUCUCCACGCUGCGGUCGCAGCCGAUGCCCAGGGUGUCUUCCAGAUUCUGAUCCGCAACCGAGUAACUGAUCUGGAUGCCAGGAUGAAUGACGGCACCACACCCCUGAUCCUGGCCGCCCGCCUGGCGGUGGAGGGCAUGGUGGCAGAGCUCAUCAACUGCCAGGCAGAUGUGAAUGCAGUGGACGACCAUGGAAAAUCUGCUCUUCACUGGGCAGCUGCUGUCAACAACGUGGAGGCGACCCUUUUGCUGUUGAAAAAUGGGGCCAACCGAGACAUGCAGGACAACAAGGAAGAGACACCUCUGUUUCUUGCUGCCCGGGAGGGGAGCUAUGAAGCAGCCAAGAUCCUGUUAGACCAUUUUGCCAACCGGGACAUCACAGACCACCUGGAUCGUCUUCCCCGGGAUGUGGCCCGGGAUCGCAUGCACCAUGACAUCGUGCGCCUCCUGGAUGAGUACAACGUGACCCCCAGCCCUCCAGGCACUGUGCUGACUUCUGCUCUCUCACCUGUCCUCUGUGGGCCCAACAGGUCAUUCCUCAGCCUGAAGCACACCCCUAUGGGCAAGAAGCCCAGGCGGCCCAACACCAAGAGUGCCAUGCCCACGAGCCUCCCCAACCUUGCCAAAGAGGCCAAGGAUGCCAAGGGUAGUAGGAGGAAGAAGUCGCUGAGCGACAAGGGCCAACUGUCUGAGAGCUCAGUGACUUUAUCCCCCGUUGAUUCCCUGGAGUCUCCUCACACAUAUGUUUCUGACGCCACAUCGUCCCCAAUGAUUACAUCCCCUGGAAUCUUACAGGCCUCACCCAACCCUAUGCUGGCCACCGCUGCCCCACCUGCCCCAGUCCACGCACAGCAUACUUUGUCUUUCUCUAACCUUCAUGAAAUGCAGCCUUUGGCUCAUGGGGCCAGCACAGUGCUUCCCUCAGUAAGCCAGUUGUUAUCCCACCACCACAUUGUUCCUCCGGGCAGUAGCAGUGCCGGGAGCAUGAGUAGGCUGCAUCCAGUCACCAUCCCAGCGGACUGGAUGAACCGCAUGGAGAUGAAUGAGACCCAAUACAAUGAGAUGUUUGGGAUGGUCCUGGCUCCAGCUGACGGCACCCACCCUGGCAUAACUCCCCAGAGCAGGCCACCUGAUGGAAAGCACAUAUCCACCCCUCGGGAGCCACUGCCCCCCAUUGUGACUUUCCAGCUAAUCCCCAAAGGUGGCAUUGCGCAACCAGCUGGUGCACCUCAGCCUCAGUCCAACUGCCCUCCAGCUGUUGCAGGCCCCUUGCCCACCAUGUACCAGAUUCCAGAAAUGCCCCGUUUACCAAACGUGGCUUUCCCCCCUACCAUGAUGUCCCAGCAGGAUGGGCAGGUGGCUCAGACCAUUCUCCCAGCCUACCAUCCUUUCCCAGCCUCUGUGGGCAAGUACCCUACUCCCCCUUCACAGCAUAGUUACGCCUCCUCGAAUGCUGCUGAGCGGACGCCCAGCCACAGUGGUCAUCUCCAGGGGGAGCAUCCCUACCUGACACCGUCCCCAGAGUCUCCUGACCAGUGGUCAAGUUCAUCGCCCCACUCUGCUUCUGACUGGUCCGAUGUGACCACCAGCCCUACUCCAGGGGGAGCCGGCGGAGGUCAGCGGGGACCUGGGACACACAUGUCUGAGCCGCCGCGCAGCAACAUGCAGGUUUAUGCGUGAAAGAGUCUGCCUCCAGUGCAGCGACACGGUUGCCUAUUGUAAAUGCUGCUGAGGAACAAAAUGAAGGCCAUCCGGAAGAGAAAUGAAGAAAUCUCUGGACCAGCUUCUGGAGGCAGGAGAGAGGAGAUGCUCUUACCUUUCAGAUAAAGCAAGGGAAGCAAUUUUAUCAGCUUCACUGGAUAUCUAUAGGGUUUUUGUUUGGGGAAACAGCUCCUUCUAAUCUCUAAUCAAGCCAAGUUCAUGGAAAUGCAAGAUGAAGGCAAGCUUCAGGGUCAUGUUUACUCUCUUUCAUUUGGAGAAUAAGAUGGAUGCCUAUUGUAGCCCAGAUGUUCUUGCAGCCUAAACUGUAUUUUAAGCCCUGGGGGCUUUUGCCAUAUGUGUGAGAAGAUUCUGCAGUAGAGUCCUAUUGGGAAUUGACCUUUCUCAUCUUCUCAUCCUUGUAAAUUCUUUUGACUUCAUUUGGUGCUUUAAGUUUUGCACCUUUCUGUGGUUGUAGCCCUACCAGCAUGUGAUAGGGUAAGAUCUUUGUGCUUUUAAUCAUUCCUGCCCUGGAAAGCAACUUCAGCCUCUUUUUCCCUAUUUUCCCAGUGUCCCUAGGAGUCUCCUCACAGAGUUUAUUAUGGAUAUGUUUCUCAGCAUAAAACUUCCAAGUAUGUUUCUUCGGGAAAUAGACAUAUUGCAUUCUCAUCAGUACAUUCCUAGAGGGAGAAGGGGAGAAAAUAUUUUUUUUGAACAAAUUUUGGGGAAAUGAGAUCCUUUUAAGAAGCUACCACCUGUGCCUGUAAUGAAGGGCCAUACACAAACCUUACCAGGAAGAAGGAUAAGUAGUUGCUGUUUUUCCAUUUGCAGGCUUAGUUAGUGUGAAAUUUUACACUUGGCAGCCUAGGUACUAUGACUUUUUAAAUUUUUAAACCUAAAAAAGUUUUGGAAUGACCAAGAGACAAGCUAACUCAUGCAAGAAGUGGCCCCCCACCCCGCAGGUCCCCUCACUUCUGCCAGUUCUGCCAAGCAUUCCAUUGACCACUGCCAAUUCUGCCAAGCAUUCCAUUGACCACCAGUGUGAAAUUCAUUUUUUCCCCACCCUCAGUCCUAUUUUGUUCAGUCUUCCAGCAGAUGAAGCUAGUCUUAGGCUUCUUCCUGGUGCUGUCAUGCCUAUGAAGCACUGGGAAAUAAAUUCUCCCAGGCCGUUUUGUAGCUAUUAGUAGGCUAAUUGCCUACUUUGUUUUGGUUUUAACAGUAGUCCUCAUACCUGCAAGUACUGGGUAUAUUUGUCAAUGCUUUCCACGUAUCUGAUGUGACUGUAAACCCCAUGUGGGGGACCCUGUUUUCCAUGUGUUUGUUGACAUAACCAUCUACAAAUUUUUUUUCCCCCAAGCCUGCUCAACUUCAUUGGACUAACAAAAAUAAUUAGUUCUGCCUUGAUAUAAGCAGAUUAAUUUUGUUCACAUAGAGAAAUUUCACCAGCACCUUUCAAAGUGCAUGCACAUUUUAUCAUUUUAAAUGGUGACUCUCUACCCUUGGUUCCAUUUGUUGAUUCCUGGAUAGGGAGAACAUAUCUACAUGGACCAUUUUGAAUCACCCACACCUGCCCUUCUCUGCCCUCCUGCUCCACCCUCUCUUCGCCAAAUGAUCAGCCUCUGAUCCAAGGAGACUUGGAUCUUUCAUAACCUCCUCUGUCCCCAAGCACGAUGUGGGACUAACGUGCUUGUUUCUCCUAUGUAUACUUUAAUUUGGAUUCUUUGAUUUUGGAGAAGGGACUGUGAAAGCUGCCACUCACAGACAGCAGACUUCAAUGAUGAAGAGGAAGACACUGCCUUUCAAGCAUUUUAUUACUCUUGUAGAUUUUAAGAAACUCUGAGUUGUAUAGUAUUUAAUAAAAGGGGAGGUAAGAUGCAGAAUCACUUUCUCAGAUGGGUUCUGAAUUUAUUAAGUUUUUUAUGCGACACAUCUUUUAUGCCAUGUAUAGAUCCCCCCCCCUUUUUUUGGUUUAAUUUUUUUAAGUUUUUCCUUUCUUUGACUUUUCUGCCUGCCCCUGGAGAAGGAUUUUUGUUGUUGUUUAUUUGUUUUUUCUUCUGUUUUGUUUUAAGCAAUCUUUUCUGGCUUACAUGUUGGGGGAGGCAGAGGCUUAAGGGAAAGAAAGGCAGAGUUAAAGAUGUUAGUGUAAGCAAUUAGCUGUGAUGCUCAAGUCCAUUAUAUAACCUUAUUAUUAAAUUUGCUAAUUUGUAAUUCUUGCAUAGAAGAACCAAAGGUGUAAUGUUUUGUUGGCGGGUGGUUUGAGGAUUUUGGCCUUAACCAGAACACUGAAUGUAUGAUCACUAUUUGGGAGGACACGUUUAUAUACCCAGAGGCCCCCACUGGUAACUGUUCGGUACUAUGGCUCCCUUUUUUUGUACAGUUCUCUUAAAAGUGAUAUUAUAUCUGUUUGUAUGAGAAACCCAGUAACCAAUAAAAUGACUGCAUAGUCCUGACUAUAUAGUCAGGAAAAUGCACACAUUGUUUUUACUUUUCAAAAUUUUAUUCUAAAAGUAGUUACAAUGAAAUUUAUAUGAAAGCAUUUUUAUCACAAAAUAAAAAAGGUUACAUGUCAA